GCCAGUGCAUUCAAACCAACAGUGCCGCACUCUCACUCCCCGUAUUCGUGUGUGUUUUGACCCUUCCCUGCCCCGUGUCAGCCCUUACUAGGCCAUCAAAGGCGGCGGCGGGCGGACUCCGAGGAUCGUGGAACACCCUCAGGCGAUGGUCGUGCGGCGAGGUGACCCGGCCACGCUCAACUGUGCCGCGGAGGGGGAGCCGGCGCCCGUCAUAACCUGGCUGAGGGACGGGCAGACAGUCACCACCUCGGCAGACGACCCGCUCUCCCAUCGCGUGCUCUUCCCUUCCGGCUCGCUGUUCUUCCUCUCCACAAAAGCCGGGAAGAAGGACACGGACAGCGGAACCUACACCUGCACGGCCGCUAAUGUCCACGGCGCGGCCACCUCCAGGAACGCCACGCUCAUCAUUGCAACCCUCCGAGAUGAGUUCCGCACGGUGCCCAGGGAUGUGGUGGCUGCCUCAGGGGACCGCGCCCAGCUGCUCUGCUCCCCCCCGCGCGGACACCCCCAGCCACAGCUCGUCUGGACACGGAACGGACACCCCAUUGACUUCGACCAGGAGGGGGAGAGGCUUCGGCUACGAGAGGACGGGACGCUGGUCAUCGCUGAGGUUCUACAGACGGACGAGGGGGAGUAUGUGUGCCACGCCACCAACCAGGCAGGACGACGAAGCUCCCCGCCGGCCAUUCUAGACGUGUUAGUGGCGCCGUUCUGGGUGAAGGCGCCGCGAGAUGUUGUGGGCGUGGCUGGGGAGCGCGCCGAACUGAGCUGCCGUGUGGGAGGUGACCCGCCGCCCACCGUGGUGUGGCGGCGUGUGGGCGGCCGCAUCCCCGUGGGCCGCGUGCGGGUGCUGCGUGACCGCGGGCUGCGUGUGGCGCCGCUGCGGCCAGAGGACAGCGGCGUGUACCUUUGUAAAGCCACGAAUAAGGCCUCGGAGAUUACCGCAAACGCCUCCCUCACCGUGCUCACGGCGCCUCAAGUCGUCGAAGUACCAGGCGAUGUCGAAGUCCAGGAGGGCGGCCGCCUUGCCCUCAGCUGCGCCGUGGAGGGCCUGCCCGCGCCCUUGGUCUACUGGACACGGGAGGGCUCGCAGACUGUCCUCCCUACCACCCGCACGCCCUUACCCCUCGGCCCCACCCACGGCGAGGACAGCAUGGAGGUGGGCGGCGUGCGGGCGGCGUAUGAGGUCCAGCAUGCCACUCAUCACCUCUCCGGGCGGUAUGUGUGCGGCGGAGUGAACAGGGCGGGCGGGGUCAUGACGAGGGUGUGGGUGAAGGUCCGCCCCGCCCAUCUUCUCCCGCCGCCCAUCAUCUCCGUCCCGCCCGCCAAUCAGACACUGCAAGUUGGUGGGCGUGCGGCGCUGUACUGUCGUGUGUGGGGCUCCCCGCCGCCCGCUGUUACGUGGAGACACCGAGGCCGCCCCGUCACGCCCACGCCCAGGAGGAAGAUUCUGCCCGACAAUACGCUGACCAUUGACGAGGUUCGCGCGGAGGACGUUGGCCAGUACUGGUGCGUGGCUUCCUCCCCCAGGGGCACCACGGAGGCAGGGGCGUUCGUCUCCCUCGCCGCUCCAGGUCACCCAGUGUUCCCUCCCCCUGACCCCGCCACCGCCCCACGCCCACCCGCCACGCCCACGGUGAGAGCGGCCAACGAAACCGCCGCCGUGGUGGAGUGGGCGGCCCCCGGGGGAGAGGGCGGGGUGACUGGCUAUACCCUGGAAUACUAUAGCAGUGAGGUCGGAUUAGGGGCUGCCUGGAGGGUCGCUGCCGCCCACACACCGCAUACCUCAUUCACCCUCGCGCCCCUACGCCCUGAAGCAACGUACGGGGUCACGGUUCGCGCCCACAACGCCCAUGGAGUGUCGGAGCCGUCGGGUAUAGCUGAGGUGGGCGUGGGCAGCGCAUGGGUGGUGGAGGAGGGCGUGGAAGUUGCGGGUGGGUUGGCGGCGGCGAGGGUCGUUCUGCAAGAGGCCCGCCCUGUUCCGCCCAGGCCCGCCGCGAAGAUUGUCUGGCAGACGGAGGGUGACAGCAGCGGGGUGGAGGGCUUCUACAUCCGCCUCCAUCACGAGUCGAGGGACCUUCACCCAGAGUCCAGCGGCAGAGACACCCCGGCGCUCCUUCCCCCUAGGCCGGCAGGCGAGAGCAACAGCACGGUGGUGACGGUGCUGAACGCAGGCCCCGGCGCCGCCUCCUACGUCCUGCACGGCCUGCACCUCUACAGGGCCUACACCGUGUUCCUCGUGCCCUUCUAUAAGACCUUCGAGGGACGGCCUUCUAACAGCCUCUCCUUCUUCACCCCCGAAGCAGCCCCCACGCGGCCCCCUCAGAGCGUCGGGGUACAGCUAACCAACGUCACCACGGCUUCAGUCUUCUGGUCCCCGCCACCGCCUCUCCACCGAAAUGGACCGAUCACAGCAUACCAGCUCGAGAUCGUGUCAGCGGACGGGUCGAUAUUUCUCUCCCGCGCCGUCAACGGGUCGGUACGGUCACUGCGGGUCCACAACCUUACCCUGGGGGACUCCUAUCACGUGACCCUCGCCGCUACCACCACGGCAGGACGCGGCCCCUACACCGCGCCUGUCAGCCUGCAUGUUGACCCCGUCCUGCUGCACCCCCUGGCGAAGUCGGGUCCGUCCCUCGCCUCGCUGGACGGGGACGUUUGGGUGAUCGGCAUGAUCGGCGCGGCUGUGUUCUGCAUCCUGCUGGUGUCCGUGGCCACGCUGCUGCUGUGGAGGAGGCACGCCAAGAACAAGGCUCUGGGGCACUCCGGGGAGGGCGUGCACAAGGGUGAAGUCCUGGGGUCUGGGCUCACCACGGGGGACGGCGCCCUGUGGCAGGAGUACGCGGGCUGGCAGCUGGAGAAGGUGUGUGGCGGCUCCGCAGACGUCAAGGUCCUCAACACGGCGGGCGCCCCUGGUGACGGUGAGCCCCCCGCCCCCCGCUCCCUGGUCACCUUCUAUAGGGGACCAGACGCCGAUGGGCCUUACGCCACCACCUCCCUGCUGGCGCCGCACGCUAGGCACUCGCUGAAGGCGCGGCCGGAGGAGCACCGCGUAGGCGAGGGGGACAAACUACCUCUGGGCGGCCACUCCAAGGGCGGGGACAGGACAUACUAUACGGAUGGAGCCAACACUCUACGCCGCAUUAAGGGUGGGCGCCCCCUCCUCAGCGCGCCCCCCCUCCCCUGCCUGCCGCCCCCCGGGCUCCCAGAAUCCAGAGGGGGGUCAUCCUGCUACUGUGGUCACGCCCCCCACGCCCCCCCUCACCCCCCAUCCAGGAGCGUGAGCGAGUCCCCGUACAGCGAAGCGCACUACACCCCCACGCUGGCCGCCCACCACCGCCCAUGCUACCUCUCCCACGCCCCCCACGGCCCGCACUGCGCCGCCCACCUCUACUCGUCCACCACGCCCAUGCCCCCGCCCAUGCACUCGGAGGCACUGAGGCCCCCCCUCUCGUCGCCCGCCACCCCGCACCACCACCUCUGCCGCACCUCCGCCGUGUACGAGUCAGCGUCGCUCCAGUACGCGGCCGCCGGGUACUACCUCCCCACCUCCCUGGCCUCCUCAUGCACCUCAAACACCUCGGACGCGGCCUCAGGCGUGUCUGGGGUGUCCGGGGUGAGCAACAUGGAGCGGGGUGUACAAAGCUCCCUCCCCUCCCUUACCUACGAGGCUAUAAGGGCGCUGGGGGAGGAUAUACAAGCCUUCAGACAGAGACAUCAGAUGGCGGACGAAGAAUCCCACUCUACAAAAAUCGGAGGAAACGAAGGAGGAAACGGAGGAACAUCAACAGCACCAGCAGGAGGAGGAGGAGGAGGAGGAGGAGGAGGAGCCAGUACCACCACCACAACCACAUCAACCACAACAACAACAGGAGGAAACGGAGGAGGAGGAGGAGGAGGACGAGACAACUCGGGCACCUCAGACGUGAUUUCAAAAAACCCAAAUUUCGAGGUUCCACGCCCGCCUCUCUCCCCUCCUUCGCCUUUGUCAACCUCCCUACCCCGCAAGGCACCUCAGGCUGGCACGCUGGCCCCCGGGGGAUCACUGCCACCCCUGGAGAUAGCCGUAGCACCCCUGGAGGAGGCCGAGAGUGACUGUCUAGAGGAGGAAGAGGAGGAGGAGGGAGGGGAAGGGGAUGACUGCUCCGUUUGUUCUUGCUGCGAGGCUGAAUCCUCAGUCUACGCGGAGACAGAUUUCGCAGAGGAGGUUCGCGCAAGCUUAGAGGAGCCUGGCGGGCUUGUGUCGGGCGGCGUGAGAGUGGGUGGGGCGGCGGCUCCUCGCAGACACAGACACAAGCGACGGCCUCGGUCCACCUACAGCACGGACAGCCACUACCUUCAGCUGCAUGACCCACACUGCGGCGAUGCCCCCCCAUACCAGCGGCCCUCCUAUCCUAGCGCCCCCCUCACGCCGCCUUCCAGACCGCCGCCCCCCGCCGCACAAGACCCCCCAGGACCCCGCUGAGGCCACGACAGGGCGGGGGAACCACUGGGGGCCGGCGGACAGCCACGGCGGGCCACGGCUGGGCGCUAACCGGGGAACAUGACAUUGCUGGCCAUUUGACAAAUACCAAGACGACCUCAACUCCUACUACUAUUACUACUACUUUAAGACCCUCCAAGCGUAUAGGCAGUCCCCUCAACCCCCUCAAAAGACACUGAAAUGGCCCCGUGUGAAUGCGUUGUGUCUUGGGAUAAAAGGUUGACUUGGAAAUGAUAAGAAGGAGAAGGAGGACAGAAGGAAGGAAGUACAGAGAUUAAGUGAUAUGAGGAAGGUUUUGAAGAUGGAGGAGAAGUGGAAAUGUGCAAACCAAUGAUAAUGAUAAUAACAGAGAUAAGGAGGAAGUGGAGGAGGAGGAGGAGGAGGAGGAGGAGGAGGAGAUGCACACAACCCAGGGAAGGAGAGGAUGAAACUGAGGUCAUUUCAAAACAUAUCAGAUGACAAAAAAUUACCAAAAAAGAACUAGAAAACGAAGAAAAAAACGAAACAUAUCAGACAACCCUUAUUUAAACUUACCUAACCAAUACAUAUCAAAUCAGAGAGAGAGAGAGAGAGAGGAAUAAACAAUCUAACACUACAAAGCACUUCCUCGUAUACAAACUCCCUUGCUAAACUACCUAACGGAUGCAUAUCAAAUCAGUGAGAGAGAGAGAGAGAGAGAGAGAGAGAGAGAGAGAGAGAGAGAGAGAGAGAGAGAGAGAGAGAGAGAGAGAGAGAGAGAGAGAGAGAGAGAGAGAGAGAGAGAGAGAGAGAGAGAGAGA